AUGAAGAGUCUCUCCUUUCUCGCAGUUCUAUCUCUCUUGGCUUUAACAAUUCCAUUAGCUCUUGCUUCUGACUCUCUUCAAGACUUUUGUGUCGGUGUCAACACCCCAGCAAAUGGAGUUUUUGUGAACGGAAAAUUCUGCAAAGACCCAAAGCUCGCUACCGCGGAUGACUUCUUCUUCGCAGGGCUUCACAAUGCAAGACCCGUAGCUAAUGCAGUCGGCUCAAAUGUGACAGCCGUCAACGUUAACAAUCUUCCAGGGCUAAACACUCUUGGGAUCUCUAUUGUCCGUAUAGACUAUGGACUAAACGGGCAAAACCCGCCUCACACCCACCCACGUGCCACCGAGAUCUUGCUUGUCCAACAAGGAACACUUUUGGUAGGGUUUGUCACAUCAAACGGUGAUGGAAACCGUCUCUUCACAAAAACACUCAAGGAAGGUGAUGUAUUCGUGUUUCCAGAGGGACUUGUCCAUUUCCAAGCAAACAUUGGGAAGUCACCUGCCGUUGCAUUCGCUGCUCUGAGCAGCCAAAACCCAGGUGUUGUCACUGUUGCUAACACCGUGUUUGGGUCUGUCCCACCUAUCAACCCGAAUGUUCUUGCUAGGGCAUUCCAGUUGGAUCCUAAGGUGGUGACCGAUCUCCAGAACAAGUUUAAAAAGUAA